AUGAUCAACCUCAGUGCUUGUGUUCAAGGACCUGAUAUUCUUCUUACUGAGUCUUUCGCCAGCGUGGCGCCACGAAUGGCGCACAAUCCUCACGAUCAUUCGUCGCGAUUUCGAGGUCUGAAGCUUGACACGCAUGCGGACGAGCAUCGGCAGUCUCAGGAUUCUACUAACUCUGAACAGAAGCAUCUACAGCGCCCUGGACUCCGAUCCUCUACACAGAGUGAAGACACUAUCACGCGAAUUUGUGCGACACCACCUAUUGAGAUACCCCAGCCAGACUACAAGCAUGAAGACUUUGUCGCAGUCGAAAGCGCAUCGUCGCUUCAGGAGUCUGACUCUUUCGUUGAUGAUUACUUGAAGGAGAGGGAGACUGCCAUUACUUUCAGCCCCGUCGUAACAACCAGCACUGGCCAUAGGCACAGUAUUCUGGAACCCCCGGGAAGAGCCGCUCAGGACAAACCUCGCGGACGAGCACUGGCACAAGCCCUCUCAGACCAUCACAAUGUGCGACCGCACAGUGAGUCGGAUAAGAGUCACUAUGAUCCACGUACUGGCAGACAUCUGCCACAAUACACAGAUAGCCCUCCUAAGGAAGAGCCUCGCAUAGGUGAAGCCAGGUUUCCCUUACUUCAACAAACAGUGGACACACUAGCUCGCCAAUAUUCCCGAGAUUCGGACCUUCCACAGUCUAUGACAUCCGAGGCAAUAGUAUCCCCAGUAGAAGGAGCCGUGAUAACGCCAAGUGACAACAAUACCACUUCACCAAUUGGUAUUAGCCCUUCUCUUGUCCGACACUUUUCCUCCUCCUACGAUUCACCACGUGUCAGAUCGCAAAGAAAGGCGUCGGAGAGAUGGCGUGAUGGCGAGGCUGCCACUGAUUUCUUCUCGCGUGCAGGUAGUUUGAAGAAGUCAGAUCGUGAUUCUGGAAGACGAGCUUCUCGUCGCGACACGCUCAGCUCUACAAAAUCUCCUCGCUCUGCCGCCUCCUCAUUCCUUCGCGGCUUCUCCGUAUCGAGUGGAGCUGAUACCGAAAGCACCCCGCUUCCUGUAGACGCGGAAGGUGCGACAAUAGGUGACGACUAUGUGCUGGGCAAACAAAUUGGCUACGGCGGUUUCAGCAUCUUUCGGGAAGUCAAACAGAUGAAUUCUCAGACUGGUGAACAGCGGACCUUGGCUGUGAAAAUUGUUAAGAAGCAAAUUGAAGGCAAGAGCAGGACCGAGAACGAAAAUGCUCAGGCUGAUUUUGAGCACGAAGUUGACUUGUGGCGAUUGUUGAACCACAAGCAUAUUCUGUCGCUCGAAGCAGUCUAUGAUCUCGAAGAGGCCACCUUCUGUUUCGUACCGCUCAAUGUCGGUGGCACACUUUUUGACGUUGUCAGCAACAACCGACAAGGCCUGCCACAAGAUCUAGCCGCCAACUACAGCUAUCAACUUGCAUCCGCCCUACGUUAUUUGCACCUUGACGCACGAGUUGUUCAUCGCGAUGUUAAGCUUGAGAACUGUCUGGUCGAAACCACGAAUGGUAAAGGACCUGGUCUGCUUCGACUCUGCGAUUUUGGUUUGGCAGAAUGGAUCUCAAGUGACAGCGAUAGUGCUGCCUCCCCUUCUACAUCAUCGUCCGACCUCGGCCGUGGCGACAGACCAUUAGCUAAGUACUUUGGUCCUGCCGAUAGCAGCUCCUCCGCUUUUGCUGGUGGUAGUCUGGAGUACGCAGCCCCAGAGAUCUUGAAAAUAGCUUCAUCUGCAUCAGGCAACGUUCACUCGAAUGACAUGCCUCCUGAGAGAAGUAUUGUCUCUUCUGCAGUCGAUAUUUGGGCCAUGGGUGUCUGCAUAUUUGCAUUGAUCAAUGGCCGUCGACCCUUUCAGGAUGCAUUUCAGCCUCGUGUUGUCAUGGCUAUCUUGGCGGGAGACUGGAACAGAGAGUCUUUGAAGGAGAAGGCCAGUGAUGAGGCGUACAGACUUGUGAAGGCUUGUCUGAAUAUGGAUGCCUCUCGACGACCAGGAAUUGGUGAGGUCUUCGACAAUCCGUGGUUCGAUGACGCGAGAAGUGUGCAUGAGGGCAGUGAUGCAGGAAGUGAAAGUGGUCGUGCAAAUGGCUGGAGGCUUUAG